CUCUCUCUCUCUCUGUGUUUACCUUAUAAAUAGAGCAUGUUGAUUAUCCAGUGAAUUCAUAUAUAUUUGCUGACGCUUACUAGUUACUGCCCUUCUCUCAUCUUCUCCUGUUUUUCUUUGUAAAUUGUUGGCUGUUCAGAGAAAUGGGAACUCAAGCUCGUACUGAUGAAGAUUAUACCCAUAAGCCUACUGAUGAACAACUAGCAAAGCAAAAGGCAAUUGAUGACUGGCUUCCAAUCACUUCUUCAAGGAAUGCAAAAUGGUGGUACUCAGCUUUUCACAAUGUUACUGCCAUGGUUGGAGCUGGCGUACUCAGUCUUCCAUACGCCAUGGCAGAGCUUGGAUGGGGUCCUGGUGUUGCUAUUCUAGUCUUAUCAUGGGUGAUUACACUAUACACUCUAUGGCAAAUGGUGGAGAUGCAUGAAAUGGUUCCAGGGAAAAGAUUUGACAGAUAUCAUGAACUUGGUCAAUAUGCUUUUGGUGAAAAGCUUGGUCUGUACAUUGUGGUUCCUCAGCAACUAGUUGUUGAAGUUGGUGUGUGCAUUGUCUACAUGGUUACUGGAGGCAGAUCAUUGAAAAAGUUUCAUGAUCUUGUAUGCAGUACCUGCAAACAGAUCAAGCUAACUUAUUUCAUAAUGAUCUUUGCCUCUGUUCACUUUGUACUCUCCCACCUUCCUAAUUUCAACUCCAUCUCUGGUGUCUCUCUGGCUGCUGCUGUCAUGUCCUUGAGUUACUCGACCAUUGCUUGGACAGCUUCUGUCCAUAAGGGUGUUCAGCCUGAUGUGCAAUAUGGUUACAAAGCUAAGAGCACUGCUGGGACAGUCUUCAACUUCCUCAGUGCCUUGGGAGAUGUGGCUUUUGCCUAUGCUGGGCACAAUGUGGUCUUGGAGAUUCAAGCAACAAUCCCAUCCACUCCUGAGAAGCCAUCCAAAGGGCCUAUGUGGAGAGGAGUGAUAGUUGCUUACAUAGUUGUCGCCUUGUGUUACUUCCCUGUUGCCCUAAUUGGCUACUGGAUGUAUGGCAAUGCGGUCGAAGACAACAUCCUCAUCUCAUUGCAGAAGCCUGUAUGGCUCAUUGCAAUGGCUAACAUGUUUGUUGUGGUUCACGUUAUUGGAAGCUACCAGAUUUAUGCAAUGCCAGUGUUUGACAUGAUAGAAACUCUAUUAGUAAAGAAAUUACAUUUCAAGCCCAGUUGGUUUCUUCGUUUUUUUGUACGCAACCUUUAUGUAGGACUCACAAUGUUUGUUGGCAUUACCUUCCCUUUCUUUGGCGGUCUCCUUUCAUUUUUUGGCGGAUUUGCUUUCGCCCCAACAACAUAUUUCCUCCCCUGCGUAAUGUGGCUGGCCAUUUACAAACCAAGAAAGUACGGCUUAUCUUGGUGGACUAACUGGAUCUGCAUUAUACUUGGUCUUCUGUUGAUGAUUUUAUCUCCCAUUGGAGGAUUGAGGCAAAUAAUAAUUCAAGCUAAGACCUAUUCGUUCUACUCUUAAUCAUCAUUCCCAAUCCAUAUGAAUUGGAUUGCCACAGAAGGUGGAUUUUGGACUAAAGAAAACCAACUAGUGAUGAUGAUGAUGAUGGACGAAGCCGAAAUAGGUGGUGUGCAGCAAUUAUCAGAACCCUGACAGGUUGUGUUCAGAUGAUAUACAUGCUUAUUACUGGAGAAAACAGCAACUAUGGCUAUAGAAAUAUUCUUUUUCUAAACUAGUUGUGAUGCAUAUAUUUUGCCUCUCUUUUUAUGGUUGCUUUGACAAGUGAAGUGAAUUUUUCAAUUUCUCUUCUUGUUAUAUUGAAAUGAAUGCAAAUAUAACAACAGUCUUUGGCUACUGGA